AUGACAACGAUCAGCACCAUGCAGUUUCGAGUCAGAACUGCAGCAGUGCUCACUGCCCCACUGCGAUGCACAGCACUCUUUAAACCAAGACUACUUACUUCCCCUAUCCGAGUCCUUCGCGUCUCUUGCUCAUCUCAUGCCUUGCCAGCACGCGCAAUUAACAAAGCUACUUUCAGCUCUACAAAUCUCACGCGAUGUCUGAGCUCCGCUACCGCCACUAAUACAACAAACCGCGUUAAAAAACUACGCAAAUUGAUGAAAUGCGCUCAAUACAACUUAACAGCUUUUGUAAUACCAUCAGAGGAUGCACAUCAGAGUGAAUAUGUUGCAGAAUGCGAUGAGCGACGUGCAUACAUUUCUGGAUUCACGGGAUCUGCGGGCUUGGCCAUUAUCACACACGAUUCUGCGGUGCUCUUCACAGAUGGGCGUUACUUCCUCCAAGCUUCUCAGCAGUUGGAUUCUAACUGGAAGUUAAUGAAAGCUGGUCUUCCUAAUGUCCCAACGUGGCAAGAAUAUCUUGUCAAGAACAUCCCGGCUGGUUCAAGGAUAGGCAUUGAUCCUCUAGUUUUUACAGCUGCCGAUGCAGCAAUGCUUGAAGUGGAACUGCCUAAAGUGGGUUCGACCUUAGUCUCAGUUCCUAACCUUGUUGAUCUUAUCAGAGAAGAUCGCCCUUCACGCCCCGCUCGUAAGCUUAUGACCCUCACGACCGCGACUACUGGUCGUAAUCAUUCCGAGAAAAUUCUUCAAUUGCGUCAACAGCUCAAAAAAAGAGGUGUUGUAGGAUGUGUAAUAUCAGGCUUGGAUGAAAUAGCAUGGUUAUUUAAUAUGCGUGGUUCAGAUGUCCAUUGCAACCCUGUAUUUUUUGCCUUUACGAUCAUUUCUCAAGACAAUAUACGACUAUACUUGCAAGAUCGAUCUGUUUCCAACGAAGUGCGGGAUCAUUUAGGAGAUCAUGUUCAGAUCUGUCCCUAUGAUGCUGUUUAUGCAGAUCUGAAAAAGCUAUCUAAACAACUAAAAGCCAACAACCAAAAGAUGUUGCUGGGCGUAAGGACCAAUCUGGCAAUAGCAACAGCACUGGGCAAGGAAAACAUCAUCAUAGACAGAUCUCCUAUUAUGGACGCUAAAGCUAUCAAGAAUAAGACAGAGCUGGAGGGCAUGCGUCAAUGUCACCUUCGAGAUGCAGCGGCUGUGAUUAGGUAUUUCGCAUGGCUAGAGAAGCAGCUAGAGCAAGGCGUCAUAUUAGACGAAGCUGAUGGAGCAGAGCGUUUGCAGCAGUUUCGAAUUGAACAGAAGGGAUAUGUUGGCCCUUCUUUUGACACAAUCUCUUCAACAGGACCCAACGGCGCCAUCAUACACUAUAAACCUGAGAAACCUACCGCGUCGAUCAUCGACCCAAACCUUGUUUACCUCUGUGAUUCUGGUGGUCAAUAUGUUGACGGCACAACCGACGUUACUCGCACGCUGCACUUUAGAACUCCCUCUGCCCAUGAGAAGCGCUGCUUCACACGUGUACUCCAGGGUCAUAUCGCCAUCGACACUUGUAUCUUCCCAGAAGGUACCACGGGCUACCUACUGGACAUUUUAUCACGACGUGCACUUUGGUCCGAUGGAUUGGAUUUCCGCCACGGGACUGGGCAUGGUGUAGGUGCAUUCUUGAACGUCCAUGAGGGUCCUCAUGGAUGCGGAGCUCGCCUUGCUUUUAAUGAAGUCCCACUAGCCCCUGGCAUGAUCCUGACAAAUGAGCCUGGAUACUAUGAAGAUGGGGAAUUUGGGAUCAGGAUUGAGAAUGUGCUUAUAGUCCGUGAAGUUAAGACAAGACAUCGGUUCGAUAACAAGCGAUACUACGGGUUCGAGCAUAUUACAUUUGUACCAAUCCAGACUCGGUUGAUUGAGAGGUCCCUGCUUUCCAGGGAUGAGAUCCAGUGGAUCAACCAGUAUCAAUCAGAGUGCUUAAAAAAGGUGUCACCAUUCUUGAAGGAAGGUGAGCUGGCACUAGAAUGGUUGAAGCGUGAAGCAGUGUCAAUUUAAAUAUCUCCUCUGCAUCAUUUCAAGAGGAUCCUUGCACAUUGAGUGGCUGAUUUUAUUAAGGAAGAUUAAGGAAUUACGAUAUUAAGGAAACAAGAAUAUUAACGGUAGUCAUAUUGUUGGAUUAAGAAAUAUUACAAUGUUAAAUGGG